AUGGAAUCGUACAACACCUACUCAAUCUGCGCACCAGACUCUCCAACACAUCACUCUUACAAUCCACAACACAGGCCCGAAAUAUUGGACAUCGCACUUGCAAACCUUCCCUAUAGCGAACUCACCCUAACCAACCAUAACAAGCUAACCUCUGACCACAAUCCGAUUGUUAUGAUCAUAAGCGACUCUCCCAUAACAAGCGACCCUCCAGCAGCCAAGAAGAGGAUAAACUGGCAAAAAUUCAAACAAGUACUACUGCGUAAUUAUCCUAAAAAGAUAAUCAACUUGAAAAAUCCUACAGAAAUUGAUAACGAGGUCCUACUCAUUACCUCAUCAAUCCAAUCAGCAAUGACGGAAUGUUCUUAUACUACAAACCAAACCCAAGUCUCUGAGCCCCUCCCACCCAGGAUUUUACAAGAGAUCACCAUCAAACGGAACCUUAGGAAAGACUGGCAACGUACAAGGGACCCAGCAGUCAAGACUAUGCUAAAUUCACAAAUAUCGUACGUCAGAAACCUCCUGAAGGAACACCGCCAAUCAACAUGGGACAAAUUCACAAGCACACUCAACUUCCAAGACCGUUCCCUUUAUAAAUUAAAUCGUCGUCUACUCCACAAAAAAAAGCAAGUUCUCCAUUGA